GCCUCUGCGCUUCUUCCCGCGCUCCCAUUGGGCGCCACGGACCGGGGCGGGAGCGAAAUGGGGAGCAGAGCGAGUGUCCGCGGAGCGGCGGUUCCGGGGGCCGAGACGGGAGUGCCGCGGUGCCCCCCAGGCGCGAUGGCGGGGCCGGAGCUGAGCCGAUCCGAGGUGUGCGGAAUGCUCCGGCAGGAGCUGAGCCGCGACGGAGCCUUCCUCCAGGGGCACCCCCACCUCUUCAUCAUCUUCGGCGCCUCCGGGGAUUUGGCCCGGAAGAAGAUCUACCCCACAGUCUGGUGGCUCUUCCGCGAUGGACUCCUCCCGGACGUCACCCGCGUCGUCGGCUUCGCUCGCUCCGAGCUCUCCGUGGAGCUCCUGCGCCAGCGGACGCUGCCCUACCUCAAGGCCUCCGCAGAGGACCACGACCGCCUCUCCACCUUCUUUGAGCUCCAGAGCUUCGUCCGCGGUCACUACGAUGAAGCGGAGGCCUUUCGGCUCCUGGAGGAGCACCUCCGGUCCCUCCCCGGUGGUCACCGCGCCCAUCGGCUCUUCUACCUCGCGCUGCCGCCGGGGCUCUACGCGCCCGUCACGCGCCUCAUCCGCCAGGAGUGCAUGGGAGGAGGGUGGAAUCGGAUCAUCGUGGAGAAGCCCUUUGGGAGGGAUUUGGCCACAUCGGACGCUCUUUCCCACCACCUCAGUCAACUCUUCCGAGAAGAUCAAAUCUACCGCAUCGACCACUAUUUGGGCAAAGAGAUGGUCCAGAACCUCAUGGUCCUCAGGUUUGGCAAUCGGAUCUUUGGGCCCAUCUGGAACCGCGACAACGUCGCCUGUGUGGUGGUGACCUUCAAGGAACCCUUCGGCACCGAAGGUCGUGGCGGAUACUUCGAUGACUUUGGGAUCAUCAGGGAUGUGAUGCAGAACCAUCUCCUGCAGAUGCUCUGUUUGGUGGCCAUGGAGAAGCCGGCGUCCACCGACCCCGACGACGUCAGGGAUGAGAAGGUGAAGGUCCUGAAGUGCAUCAGUCCGGUGGAGAUGGAGGAUGUGGUCCUGGGGCAGUACGAGGGGGACCCCGCGGGUCCCCCCGAGGCCCAGAAGGGUUAUUUGGAUGACCCAACGGUGCCCUCCGGCUCCACCACCGCCACCUUCGCCGCCGCCAUCUUGAGAGUGGCCAACGAGCGCUGGGACGGUGUGCCCUUCGUUCUGCGUUGUGGGAAGGCCCUUAACGAGCGCAAAGCGGAGGUGCGGCUGCAGUUCCGGGAGGUCCCGGGGGACAUCUUUGACCGUCAGUGCAAACGCAAUGAGUUGGUGGUGCGCGUCCAACCCGACGAGGCCGUCUACACCAAACUGAUGACCAAGAAACCCGGAAUGUUCUUCAACCCCGAAGAGUCCGAGCUCGACCUCACCUACGGCAACCGCUACAAGGACGUGAAGCUGCCGGACGCCUACGAGCGCCUCAUCCUCGACGUCUUCUGCGGGAACCAAAUGCACUUUGUGCGAAGCGAUGAGCUCCGCGAGGCGUGGCGCAUCUUCACCCCUCUCCUGCACCGCAUCGAGGAGCGGCGCCACCGCCCCAUCCCCUACCGGCACGGCAGCCGCGGCCCCCCCGAGGCGGAUGAGCUGCUGAAGCGCGCCGGGUUCCUCUACGAGGGCACCUACCGAUGGGUCAACCCCCACAAGCCCUGACCCACGGCGACCCACGGCGACCCACGGCGACCCACAGCGACCCACGGAGCCGCGCACACUGGGACCUCAGCCUGCCCCACACAUCCUCCACGCUCCAGCCUGACCCAUAGAUACGCAUAGGGACCUCGGCCUGCCCCAUAGAUCUGCCCCACAGAUCCUCUACGCUCCAGCCUGCCCCAUAGAUCUGCCCCACACAUCCUCCACGCUCCAGCCUGACCCAUAGAUACGCACAGGGACCUCGGCCUGCCCCAUAGAUCUGCCCCACAGAUCCUCUACACUCCAGCCUGCCCCAUAGAUCUGCCCCACACAUCCUCCACGCUCCAGCCUGACCCAUAGAUACGCACAGGGACCUCGGCCUGCCCCAUAGAUCUGCCCCACAGAUCCUCAACGCUCCAGCCUGCCCCAUAGAUCCCCUAUGCUCCAGUCCGCCCCAUAGAUCUGCCCCAUAGAUCCGCCCUGCCCUGCCCCACAGAUCUUCUACACUCCAGCCUGCCCCAUAGAUAUGCACAGGGACCUCAGCCUGCCCCAUAGAUCUGCCCCACAGAUCCUCUAUGCUCCAGCCUGCCCCAUAGAUCUGCCCCACACAUCCUCCACGCUCCAGCCUGCCCCAUAGAUACGCACAGGGACCUCAGCCUGCCCCAUAGAUCUGCCCCACAGAUCCUCUAUGCUCCAGCCUGCCCCAUAGAUCUGCCCCACAGAUCCUCUACACUCCAGACUGCCCCAUAGAUCUGCCCAGUCGAUCCCCUAUGCUCCAGUCCGCCCCAUAGAUCUGCCCCAUAGAUACUGUACAGUCCUGUCUGCCCCAUAGAUCCACCCUGCCCUGCCCCACAGAUCCUCUACACUCCAGCCUGACCCAUAGAUACACACAGGGACCCUGGCCUGCCCCAUAGAUCUGCCCCACAGAUCUGUUACACUCCAUCCUGCCCCAUAGAUCCACCUCAGUGUGCCCCAUAGAUCCGCCCAGCCCUGCCCCACAGAUCCUCUACGCUCCAGCCUGCCCCAUAGAUACGCACAGGGACCCUGGCCUGCCCCAUAGAUCUGCCCCACAGCUCUGCCCCACAGAUCUGUUACACUCCAGCCUGCCCCAUAGAUAUGCACAGGGACCUCGGCCUGCCCCAUAGAUCUGCCCCAUAGCUCUGCCCCACAGAUCUGUUACACUCCAGCCUGCCCCAUAGAUCCACCUCAGUCUGCCCCAUAGAUCUGCCCCAUAGAUCCCCUAUGCUCCACUCUGCCCCAGAGAUCUGCCCCACAGAUACGCACAGGGACAUUGGCCUGCCCCAUAGAUCCCCCUCAUCCUGCCCCAUAGAUCCCC